UGCGCGCGCCUUCAACGCGAUAUCUUAGUACACUCUCCAUAUUUGCACCUUUGUAUUGUGACAACAAGCAAUUGAGGACCACGUUAUGGGCACCCCCAAGAAUAGUGGAGCUCAACCGAAGAUACAGAGGAGCAGCAUUUCGAAGGUUUCGGUGACUACCCCCUUUCGUAAGAAGUGUUACAUCACUCUCUUAGUUGUCGUUCAUGCCUUCUUCGUUGCGGUGCUUUUUAGUGACCAUGGUCCUUAUACUUUGAGGACACUUAGACGGAAUGGUAUAGCGACAAGUACAACAAGCUAUAGGAAAGUAAAUGUGACGUCCAGAGCUACAUACGGUUGGAAGACAUUGACAGCGUGCAGUAAUCAAAGCCCUAAGAUACUCUACUUCAUAGAUACCACUCCAAAUAACCUCGAAAAACGUCAGUGGCUUCGGAAGACCAUCGGCGAUCCUUAUGUUCAGUCCUUCAUGAACUUCAGCAUCGUUUUCUUUGUUGGUUCAUCGGCUAAUCAUGAAGAACAGCGCGUGCUUGUAGAGGAAGCUAUUCGCGAGGGAGACCUUGUUGUGCUCAACAUCACAGAGAGCCACCGUAACCUCACCCUGAAGUUUCUUCUGGUUGCAAAGUGGAUUCUUGAUAUCUGCCCUCUUGAUUCUACACUCACUCUUGUCAAGAUGGAUGAUGACGUGUUAGUCAACGUCUACGCGUUAUCGUCUUACGCGAGCAGCAGUGUAAUGUGGCUAACUGGCAUCCACUGCGUCAUUUACAGAAACGUACCUCCACAGAGAAAAAGGACUGAUCAGUGGUACGUAAGCAAAGAGGAGUACGCAUCUGACGUGUACCCUGCCUACUGUGCUGGAGAGGCAUUAAUCAUGAAGCCUUCGGUGUUGUCCGCCAUCGUGAGCGCUGCAGUUCGUGUGCCGCACUUCUGGAUCGCCGACGUCUACGUGACCGGAAUCGUAGGAGAAUUCGCCAACGUGAAUCUGGUGGACUUAUCGCGGCACGUCAUAUUUUACAAACAGAAAAACAUGGUGACCGUUGGUGAUACAACGUUGUUUGUUUACACGCGCUCAGCUGGAGCGUCCAAAGAGAAAAUUCACUUUCUUUGGGAUAGCAUUCGGCAGAGAAAUCAGACAUUGCAGCGAGAUUUUCACAAAUAUGUAGAAGUACACUAUCGUACUGUAGGGUAAAUUAGAAACUCCAAAUUAAUGUAGCGUGCAACGGUAUUAUAACCAGCAGCCAAUGUGUAUUGUUUUCUGAAUUUGUACAAUGAAAUCUUUCGAAAGUGCGCCCAUAUCACUGGGCAACCGAAGCGAACACAAGCAUAUGUCUUUGUUAUUAAAACAGGAUGAAGAAAAAUAAACACUCGGCAGGUGAUAAUAUCAUACAA